AUGGGGGAAACAAAAGUCAACCCUGCAAUUUGGUCAAGCAUGACUAACAGGAAACUUCCCUUGAAACUGCAUGCAAUUACCAACUACAUUUUCAAGGAUUUCCAUAUCCAAAAGAUCACUUUGAAGGGAAGGCUCCCUCAAUAUUUGUCAAAAGCAGCUUCGAGGAAGGUUCAAAUCAAAGAUGGAGCAGUGAAAGAAGAAAGUGAGCAUGUUAUGGCGGUUGCUUGUACAAAAAUGGCUGGUGUUUCCCCUGUGUCAGUGGCUAAUUCUCACACUCAACACCCAUUUCCAACCCCUUCACCAUUUUCUUUCUCAGGGACUACUACACGGCGAACUUAUACACCUUCCAUACAUCAUUUAAAUCUCUUCCUUCGAUUCUUGCAGCUUCUCUUCUCCUUUAUUUCAGCCCUCACACUGGCUACUCCACCCGCAAAUAACAACAGUGGCCAACGAUCGCCUAGCUUCACCGAGUACCCUGAACUAAUAUAUAGCUUCAUUGUAGCUAUUUUAGCUUUCCUUUACGCAGCUCUCCAACUGUUUAAAGGUAUUUCUGACAUUGCUCACGGAGGCAUUCUAAUCUCAGACAAGACCUCAGACUACUUUAGCUUUGUCUUCGACCAGUUGAUGGGCUACCUUGUCAUCUCAUCUGCUUCAGUAGCAAUACCGAUCAUUCAACAACAGGUUGGGCAAAGCACACCACUUUGGAAGGGAACCAUUGUAUCAACUAGCAUGUCCUUGGCAACUUUUCUGGUUAUAGCAAUCUCUGCUCUCUUGUCUGGCUACAAGCUUUGCAAGAGAAUCGUCUGGUGAUGUCACUUACUGUUGGUGUUAUACAGGGGCUUCAUUCUGCUUCUUACUUAAAAGCCCAUCCAUGGGCCAUAAAUAAUUCUGUAACCAUACACAUGGAGUUUGGUCAAGUCGGUACUCCUUAACUUGUUGAGACUUUGAUUCUAUGUUCAAGAUUAGAGGCUCUAAAACAACUAGAAAAACUAAUGAAUUUAUCAUGUAUAAAAAGAAAAGAAUGAAGUUUAACGUGCAUUAACUGGUA